AUGCCAAAUCCUUCAGUAAGUACAGUUUGGCAAAUGCCAGUGGCAAACUGCCUUAAAGGACUCCCUGCUGUGAUCUCUGAAGCAGUCAGAGCAAAGCACCCUUACCACCUGCGCAAUGAAAUUGCUUAUGUUGUUUAUUUUGCAACAUGCCAUAAAUACAAAUCUGCAAGCCUUAAAUCCUCCAUGCAUGCCUGUAGGAAUAAAUUUUCUGUGCUGUGUAGUGGAAUUGAAGCACUCAUAAAGGGUUCACAGUUUAAGGCUUUUACAGCACUGAAAUUCUUGACUGAGCCUUCAGAUGUUGUCACCAUGCGUGGAAGCAACGUGCUUCUGAACUGUGUUGCAGAAUCAGAUCAAGGAGCCCCAGUUAUUAAAUGGAAGAAAGAUUCUGUCUUCUUAAACCUGGCAGUAGAUGAAAGGAGACAGCAGCUGGCAAAUGGAUCACUUCUGAUACAAAACAUAGUCCACUCCAGACACCACAAGCCAGACGAAGGUCUCUACCAGUGUGAAGCAUCUCUAGAAGGCAUUGGAGCUAUCAUCAGUCGGACAGCUAAGGUCAUGGUAGCAGGACCGCUGAGGUUUCUUUCCCAGACGGAAUCUAUCACGGCAUUUGUAGGAGACACGAUUCUGCUGAAGUGUGAAGUCAUCGGGGAGCCCAUGCCCGUGGUGCACUGGCAGCGAAACCAGGAGGACUUGUUCCUGAACUCAGCCGACAGCCGGGUGGCUGUCCUGCCCUCUGGAGCUUUACAGAUCAGCAGGGUCCAGCAUGGGGACAGUGGGAUCUACAGGUGCCUGGCGAAAAACCCAGCCAGCUCAAGAACUGGAAACGAUGCAGAAGUCAGGGUUUUGGCAGAUCCAGGUUUGCACAGGCAGCAGUUUUUCCUGCAGCGACCGUCAAAUGUGGUGGCCAUGGAAGGGAAGGAUGCUGUUUUGGAGUGCUGUGUUUCUGGGUACCCGCCUCCCGCCUUUACAUGGCUGCGAGGAGAUGAAGUGCUCCCCAUCAGGUCCAAAAAGUAUUCCUUGCUGGCUGGGAGUAACCUCCUUAUAUCAAAUGUGACUGAUGAUGAUUCUGGAACAUACACAUGCGUAGUCACCUACAAAAAUGAGAACAGCAGCGGCUCUGCAGAGCUGUCAGUGAUGGUUCCACCGUGGUUUUUAGUUCACCCUUCAAAUAUUUAUGCCUACGAGAGUAUGGAUAUUGAGUUUGAAUGUACUGUGUCUGGUAAGCCUGUUCCUAUGGUGGAGUGGAUCAAGAAUGGAGAAGUGGUCAUUCCCAGCGACUAUUUUCAGAUAGUGGGUGGCAGCAACUUAAGGAUUCUGGGCUUGGUAAAGUCAGAUGAAGGUUUUUAUCAGUGUGUAGCUGAAAAUGAAGCUGGAAACGCACAGGCCAGUGCACAGCUAAUCAUCCCAGAGCCUGCUGUCCCAAGUUCCAGUGUCCUCCCCUCUGCUCCCCGAGAUGUGGUCCCUGUUUUGGUCUCCAGCCGAUUUGUCCGUCUCAGCUGGCGCCCACCUGCCGAAGCCAGAGGCAGUGUCCAGACAUACACGGUCUUCUUCUCCAGGGAUGGCGUUAACAGGGAACGGGCAGUCAACACGUCUCAGCCUGGAACACUUCAACUCACUGUGGGCAACCUGAAACCAGAGGAAACCUACACCUUCCGAGUGGUGGCAUACAACGAGUGGGGACCUGGAGAGAGCUCGCAGCCCAUCAAGGUCGCCACGCAGCCAGAGUUGCAAGUUCCCGGCCCGGUGGAAAACCUGCGGGCUGUGUCUACUUCACCAACCUCGAUUCUCGUCUCCUGGGAUCCUCCUGCCUAUGCCAAUGGCCCUGUCCAAGGCUACAGACUCUUCUGUACGGAGACAGCGACUGGAAGAGAGCAGCACGUGGAAGUGGAUGGGCUCUCAUACCGGCUGGAGGGGCUGAAGAAGUUCACUGAGUACACCCUACGCUUCCUUGCCUACAACCGCUAUGGUCCCGGUGUCUCCACUGAGGAUGUGACAGUCACCACGCUUUCAGAUGUGCCCAGUGCGAUGCCUCAGAACGUUUCCUUGGAAGUGGUGAACUCCAGGAGCAUCAAAGUUAGCUGGUUGCCUCCACCACCAGGUACUCAAAAUGGAUUUAUUACGGGCUAUAAAAUCCGGCAUAGAAAGACUACCCGCAGGGGUGAGAUUGAAACACUGGAGCCAAACAACCUCUGGUACUUGUUCACAGGACUUGAGAAAGGAAGCCAGUACAGUUUCCAGGUGGCUGCAAUGACAGUGAAUGGGACAGGUCCCUCCUCAGACUGGUACACAGCAGAAACACCCGAAAACGAUCUCGAUGAAUCUCAGGUUCCUGACCAGCCAAGUUCUCUUCAUGUCAGGCCCCUGACAACCAGUAUUGUCAUGAGUUGGACUCCGCCAUUGAACCCGAACAUUGUCGUCCGUGGGUACAUCAUUGGCUAUGGUGUAGGCAGUCCGUAUGCUGAGACUGUGCGGGUGGACAGUAAACAGCGGUAUUAUUCCAUUGAAAACUUGGAGCCAAGUUCCCACUAUGUGAUUUCCUUGAAGGCCUUUAACAAUGCAGGAGAAGGGGUGCCUCUGUAUGAAAGUGCGACCACCAGGUCAAUGACAGACCCCAUUGAUCCAUUAGAAGUUGAUUUUUAUCCUUUGCUUGAUGAUUUCCCUACCUCAGUCCCAGAUAUCUCCACCCCCAUGCUCCCACCAGUAGGUGUCCAGGCUGUUGUACUUACGCAUGAUGCAGUGAGGGUCAUCUGGGCAGAUAACUCUGUCCCAAAGAAUCAAAAGACAACGGAGGUUCGCUUCUACACGGUCCGAUGGAGAACAAGCUAUUCAACAAAUGCUAAGUAUAAGUCGGCAGAUACGACUGCUCUGAGUCACACUGUGAUCGGCCUGAAGCCGAACACCAUGUACGAGUUCUCUGUCAUGGUCACCAAAGGCCGGCGGUCCAGCACCUGGAGCAUGACAGCACACGCCACCACCUACGAAGCAGCUCCAACCUCUGCUCCCAAGGAUUUGACAGUCAUUACACGGGAAGGGAAACCACGGACUGUCAUUGUCAGCUGGCAGCCACCGUUGGAAGCCAAUGGAAAAAUCACUGCUUACAUCCUCUUCUAUACUUUGGACAAGAACGCUCCCAUUGAUGACUGGAUUAUGGAGUCCAUCAGCGGUGACCGGCUCACCCACCAGAUCAUGGAUCUCAACCUGGACACCGUGUACUACUUCAGAAUCCAAGCUCGCAACGCCAAGGGAGUGGGGCCCCUCUCUGAUCCCACUUUCUUCCGGACGCUGAAAGUGGAACACCCUGACAAAAUGGCUAAUGACCAAGGUCGUCAUGGGGAUGGUUCCUAUUGGCCAGUGGACACCAACCUGAUUGAUCGGAGCAGUCUGAAUGAGCCCCCCAUCGGGCAGAUGCACCCUCCCCACGGCAGCGUCACACCCCAGAAGAACAGCAACCUCCUUGUCAUCAUUGUCGUCACCGUCGGCGUCAUCACAGUGGUGGUGGUGGUGGUGGUGGCUGUCAUCUGCACCAGGCGCUCUUCAGCACAGCAGAGGAAGAAACGUGCAACCCACAGUGCUGGUAAGAGGAAGGGCAGCCAGAAGGACCUGAGACCCCCAGAUCUGUGGAUACACCACGAGGAGAUGGAAAUGAAGAACAUCGAGAAGCCAGCGGGCUCAGACCCUGCAGGAAGGGACUCACCAAUGCAGAGCUGCCAGGACAUCACCCCUGUUAGCCACAGCCAGUCGGAAACACAACUGGGAAACAAGAACACAACACAGCCUGGCCCUGAGACAGAAGAAGUUGGAAGUAGCAUGUCCACGUUGGAGCGCUCACUUGCUGCCCGCAGAGCCACCCGUGCCAAGCUCAUGAUCCCCAUGGAUUCACAACCAAACAACCCUUCUGUGGUCAGUGCCAUUCCGGUGCCAACACUAGAAAGUGCCCAGUACCCUGGAAUCCUGCCAUCCCCAACCUGUGGAUACCCACACCCGCAAUUCACCCUUCGUCCAGUGCCAUUCCCAACCCUCUCCAUGGACAGGACCUUUGGACCAGGAAGAACUGUUAACGAAGGACCAGCACCACAGCAGCCGCCUUUGCUGCCGCAGACACAGCCUGAGCACUCCAGCAAUGAGGAUGCCCCGAGUAGAACCAUCCCCACUGCUUGUGUCCGCCCUACACAUCCUCUCCGCAGCUUCGCCAACCCCUUGCUACCUCCACCCAUGAGUGCAAUAGAACCGAAAGUCCCUUACACACCACUUCUGUCUCAAACAGGGCCUAACCUCCCCAAGGCUCAAGUCAAAACUGCAUCCCUUGGCUUGGCAGGAAAAGCCAGGUCACCUCUGUUGCCUGUCUCAGUGCCCACAGCCCCGGAGGUUGCAGAAGAGGGACACAAGCAGACUGAGGACUCCGCAAAUGUUUAUGAGCAGGAUGAUCUGAGUGAACAGAUGGCCAGUUUGGAGGGGCUAAUGAAGCAACUCAAUGCUAUCACAGGCUCAGCCUUCUAA